CACCAUUAUACCUGAUUAGGGACCCUUGACAAUAUGUGCAGACAUGAGGGUUCUUUUGUCAGAGGGCUUGGACCGUUCGUAUAAGUGAUACUUUGCCCCCAUUUGAUGAGUCCCAUCCCACACUUCUCAUUCCCUCAGCUAUCCUUCACUGUUCACAUAUUCCCAUUCCUUACCGAAUAAACUCACUCGCCAUGGACACAUCCAACAACAUGCCGUUCGUCCCGCCCGAGGUCUGGCAACACAUCUUCAGCUUCCUGGAGGUCGGACCGUCCGCCCACGACUGGUGGUUGGAAGCGGACAACCGGAUCGACCACUCGGCCAGGAACGCCCUCGCUUCGCUAUGCCGCGUCUGCCGGCUAUUCGACGACCUGGCCCGGCCUCUGCUGUACCGGACGAUGGCCGCGAUCGAGACAAUGGACUCGCCGGAUGAUUGUUUACUGGGUAAGGAUAGGCCCCUGACUUUUUCUUCUGAUUCGACCAUACACUUGAUUCUAUACUACCUCCAAGUGUUCGAGUUCGGCCCGAGUCGGGAACCUUCUGUCCCCUGUGGCCCCUUGCGCCGCUUCCGGGAGAGGGGCGGCGUUACCACGUGGAAGCGGGAGUCCGUCUUCGACCUGGAUGUAUUGGUUAGAGUGCAUCGACUCCGGGAAAUACGGGUACGGUCGCCGAGCAGUGAGGGACGGCUACGGGUAUGGUCCAUGCCGCAAAGGCAAUUCUUUUUGAUCCCGCCCACCCUGGAGACGCUGCGCCUCCAGGGGCUCGAGUGGUGGACGCCCAGCGACGGUUACCCCCCGGACUGGCGCGGCACUUUCGGACCGGGGUGGCCGGAUCGCCCCUACACGGCGAAGCACCUCGAGCUCAAGGAGUGCUUGCUCCAGGCUCCGGGGCUCGAAGAGAUCUUGACGCGCGGCAGGUGGCUGCGCCGGCUGUGGAUCGAGAUGGCCGGCCCGCGCCGGGUCGACCAUUGGCGGCCCCAAUGUCGGUCCGUCGACCUGGACGCGUUCGGGGACGUCCUGCGGAGGAAAGGACGGCACCUGGUCGAGCUGCGGCUGCACACGUCGUUCGCGAGGAUGGCGCCCGCCCUGGUGUUCUCCGGCCGGCUCGGGUCCCUUCGGGAGCUGACGUCGCUGCGGCGUCUCAGCGUUGCCGAGCUCGAUCUCAUCGGGCACCCCGAGGACGAAAAGUGGGAAUGGCAGUACAGGGUGCCGCCGCUCGAUGAGUUCCUCCCGGAGUCGCUGGAGUCGCUCUUCCUGUACAUGGACGCCAAGUUCGCGCAGAGAGCCAGCGCCUUCUGGCAGCCGCAUCUGUUCGGGCAGGCCAACGAGAACAUACGGAGGUUGAUCGAGGGCGGUCGACUGCCGAACCUUCGCGAGGUCAAGAUUGAACGGCCUGCCCAAGUCAUCUUCCACAAGACCCUGCUGCCGUUUGUGGAGGAGGGAAUUGGUGGGCCCAUGGACGGCUGGGGUAUCAAGAUCAAGAGAGAAGCAUAUUUUUGGAGACGGUCCGGCGGGGAGGCUAUCCCCCGCAACAUCAUCACUAUCACGAAGAGAGAGGAUAGAGACGGUAUGGAGGAGGAUAGUGACGAUGCGGAGGAUAGUGAUGAUGCGGAGGAUAGUGAUGAUGUGGAGGAUAGCGACGAUGUGGAGGAUAGUGACGAUGUGGAGGAUAGUGAUGACUUGGAAGAAGAUAGUGACGAUGCGGAGGAGGAUAUGCCACGCAACAACAUCACUAUCAAGAGAGAGGAUAGCGGCGACGAUAUGGGGCGCAGGGUUGUGUAAAUAAUGCCAUCAAUGGCCUGUUCGAUUUGCGUUUGACGGAAGAAUGGCUGUGUAGGUUGCAGAAUAAUAGAUUAAUACAGCA